AUGCCAUCUAGUCCCGGGGCAGUCUUCUUCCUCCUCAUUUUUUCCACCGCCGUCUGGAGCUCCGCCGGAGUCACCUCAGGUACUCCCUCCUCCGCCGUCCCGUCGUGGCGAGGAAUCAACUACCAUACAUACACAGCUAUUUAUAUUUGGGUAAAAAUGUGGCGAGCAACAGUUAUCGUUUGUUUUAUACUGAUCGUGAGUGCACUAUGCAUCAAUCUGUCGUGUAAUUCGUGUGGCAUCGAGUGUGCUCCGGCUUGUGGUACGAGACGAUUCCGUUCCUGCUGCUUUAACUACCUGAGGAAGAAACGAGAAGAUCAUGAAUUCACUUAUAAUAUUGAACAAUCAAAGAUACCAGUUUUCCUUAUCGAUAAUCCUGAAACUGCAAGCAACGUUGCUACUAACGAUUUCAAGGCUUUUUAA